AUGGACAUGCCUCAGAGCAACACAAUGGCCUCACCACAGAGGGGUUUCGAGUGGGAUUUUUUCAACCCUUUCGAAAAUGUGGCAAUGGCGGCGCCGGAGAUGAUAAAUGUUUAUAAUAAUAUUAAUAAGAAUAUUACAGAGGAGGAUUUGAGAGCUGUGAGGGAAGAAGAAGGGAUACCGGAGCUGGAAGAUGAGAGAGAAUGUGCGGUUGAGAGCAAGAGGAGUGAUUUGGAGAAAGAGAAGGAAAAUGGAGUUGAAGUUGUGCAGAGUGAAGUGGGUGGUGCUAGAAUGCACCGGGCUGAGGAAAGGCAAAACGAGGUUUUGAAUGUGAUCGACACGCCGGUCAGAGGACGGGAGCUUUUGGAGGCUUUGAAGAACAUUGAAGAUCAUUUUAUGGUAGAUUAUGAUGCUGGAAAGGAAGUUUCUAAAAUGUUGGAGUGUAAUAGGGUGCAUUUGCUGUCUAAUAUGGAGGAAAUUAAAGGAUAUGUGUUUGUUUGUGUGUAUUCACAAUGA